AUGAUGACAUCAUCUCGACUUCAUGGCGAAAUUGCCGGCACCCUUUCCACACGGCGUGGCCAUUCUAGCCAACUCUCAAUUUCAGACCCUAGCCACCAUGUAACGGAGACGAUCGGAAAUUUAUAUGACGAAGAUGACGACGUCGGUUCCGACACAAGUCGUCCGCUCAGCUUUAUGGCUGAUUUGGUGCACCAAGAACAAAUAGCCCAGUCGCAACAUCAACACAAUGACAAACUGUUGCACCCAAAUAAGUUAACGAAUCUUUCUCUCCAGCCAAUAUCAGACCUGCAACCACAGUCAAAAUCUUACAACGACAAUGGAAACGCGAGAUCUCCCCAGAAGAGCCCCGUUAGAGGGAAAAGUCAAUGGAGCGACCAACAGGACCAAGAUACAAUGCCUCUAACGUCCCCUACCUUGUCACUCCGAGAAUUUCCUCUGACCAAUAUAGAUAACCCAAAUGAUAUUGCUCAGGAGUUGAGUAAUUUACAAGCACUGAGGCGUUUAUCUAUGGAUGUGGGCAACGGUAUUGAUCCGGACAUUCCUCCAAUGUCUUUAGCAACCAUGCCGGCUGCAGCACCACGGGGAGACGACGACGAGAACGACCCCUCAAGAUUACUUUGGGUGCCGGCUAGAGUACAUCCAGAGCUAGCGCCUACCGAGUUCAAGACGUUCUUGGCAAGUCGACUUCAAUCAAUACGAAGGAGAUCGGGAGAUUCUUUUCUUUCCGUCUCGGAUGAUACAUAUGGCGGUGGUUCGGAUUCAAUGGGCUCAUCAUCAUUAAGAAGGAAGAAGUCAAUGCUUUCACGCCAAAUUGACAACCCGGAAGAUCGAACCCUUGAGGGAUUCACAGAUGGCACGGAGAGGUCAGAGAAACAUGAUUUCAAGGAUAAUCAGCAAGAUCGGGAACUGAGUCUAGACGAGCUAGUAAAAGACCCUUCAAAGGCAGUUCAAAGACUUGCUCAAGAAUCCCAUAGCUAUUCAGGUAGCUUAGAAACUGGGAUGGAUGAUAUGCCUAUCCUCCCUGUUGCACCCAGUAGCGGAUUACGGAGAUCAACUCGCACGACAUAUCGAAAAGGGGGCAGUUUACGAUUUGGUGACAAGGGGUCAUUUUCCAAGCGGAUGGCACAACGUCAGCAGAGCGGCGAGAUUUCAGAAGUUCCGGCUGCAUCAGCUGAAGAUAUUCCUCGGGAGCAUCCGUUAGUUAGAGUGCAGUCAGAGUCUUCGCAUGAGAACUUCUCACGGCCUACUCGGUCAGAUCGAAGACAGGAUAGAUUUUCGGAAGAUCAGGGUGUGGUACCAGCAGAUAUCGACAAUUCAUCAGCAUCUACACGUCAAUCCCAGUUGUCCGCCCGAGGAUCUUCAGCCCAGCCCAACUCAUCUGCCAAUGGAAUUUCAGCUAGAGAUAGACCAGGCGCCUCUCAAGAUAACCGAUAUCCAGAAAAGUUCCCGCAACGAUCUUCUUCCCAGUCUGUUGCAGUGACCUCAGAAUCCGGGCUAGAAUCUACCUCAGAGACCGUGGGAGAAAAUUCACCAGGCAGUUCGGGUUACCACACUCCGCUCGGCAAUACUGGAUCCGUGGGCAAUAACAAUUCACCCAGUUCUGUGAAGUCUUCUAUUCCUACUAUAGUACAGACGAGCAGUACUGGUGCGAACUUGGUCCCGUCAAAUGGCAACACUAGCCGUGCUGAUACUUCAAAUGUUACUCCCGCGCACGCAAAAGAUGACAAAAAGUCGGAUAAAAAGUCCAGAAAAGAUAAAGACGAAGACUCUCAUAAUUCUACUAGAUCUGGUGGCGCUUGGAAGUGGUUCAAGGGUGUAGCGGAUGAUAGGGACAAAAAGAAGGAGGAAAGCAGGAAAUCCAGGCAUAAAUCCUUAUCUGAAAAGGCGCAGGAUAAUGUGCGAUUGGAUGUGAUUCAAACUUCACUUGAGAAGAACGCGACCAAGGGCCGUGAAAGCCUAGUUCUUGACCGAGAAAAUAUCGACAAUAAAGUUUCAGACGAGAAAAGGAAAGAAAGCAAUCGAAAGAGCGAUUCAAAGAAGGAAAAAGACGGAAGCUUAUUCUCAUCCAUUUUUGGCGGAGGCAAGAAGCGAGAAGAGAAGGAAAAGAACAAAAAGUACCAGCAAUUGCUGCAUGUCCCCGAGGACAUAGUACCUUACAAGCCUUUGCAACCAGAUGUUGACUACAACUGGAGUCGCUUCCCCCUUUUGGAGGAGCGCGCUAUCUAUCGAAUGGCACACAUCAAAUUAGCUAACCCUCGCCGAUCCCUCCACAGCCAGGUGUUGCUGAGUAACUUCAUGUACAGUUAUUUGGCAAUUGUUCAAGCUAUGCAUCCCCAAAUGAAUGUCCCGAUCUCACCUCAACAAAAGCGACUAGAAGAGGAGGCACGCCGUAAACGUGAGGAGCAAGAAUACUUAGCUCAGCAUGACGCACAAGAUGAGCAAAAUGAGCACCAGAGUCUUGAUCAAUAUGAUUUUGAUUAUCAUCGCAUGGCCGUACAAUACGCAGAUUCCAAUUCCGACAGACCGGUGGAGUAUGUGGAUGAUGCACAGAUAUAUGAGGAUGAUCACACGAGUAACCACCAUGAAAGUUACAGUGAUGAUGAUGCAGGCGUUUACAGCCAAGAAGUGAAAGACUACUAUCAUAAUCAUAAUGAUGCAUCCGAUCGCCAUAGCGGCCAAGAUGGCAUAUGGUGA